AUGCCAUCUUCUGCUGUAUCAUCAGCAUCUAAUAAUGUUGUUGUUGCUCCACAAAUUGGUGCAGACAUCACCGAAGCCCUUGAUGUAAAAGUGGCUCCGACCUUGGCCCUCGAAGACUUGAAUCCAUCGUACGGGCUUGCCACCCUACGGUACGCCAUCGAUACCCAACAAAGACUUUGUCUGGACUUAUCCAUCAGCUUGUUCUGGAGCCCUGUUACUUUCUCGGUGUUGCUCAUGGUGAACGCCGCGUUUAUAAACUACAAGCUUGCUGGAUUGACGUUGUUGCAGUUUAUCAAAUGGGAUGUUAGUGGAUCGUUACAUUGUUUGAUUUUCUUCAUGGCCAGUUUUGCAGGGUUAUUGUUAUGUUGUAAAUUACAGAGUUAUUUCUUGAAAGAACAAGGUGAUUUGGUAGAAUCCACCGGGGCCGAAGACCAAUUUGGGGUGGAUCUACGAGAAUUCAUCUCCGUGAAGAAAAAUCAAGCAAAGAAGCUUGAGCAAAUCAAAGUUGAUAAUGCUAAAGUGGCGGUCUAUAGAAAAUUGCCAAUUGGAAUGAUUGCCUACCAACCAGUGAAGCACGAUGAUGAUAAACAGUUUGAAAUCACUGCUAUUGGUGGGAGAAAAGUGUAUAUCAGAUCCGGGAUUUAUGAAGAUUUGUUGGAUUGGGUCCUUGGUGAUAUCUCACAGGCGACCCAAGGCGACAGUUUCCAAGUGUCCAUGCAGUGUUACUCUUUCGAUAGCGAUUUGAAGAAGUUGUUGGUGGCAAAGAAAUUUGAAUGCGUUAAGAAGGUAAAGGCCAACGGCAUUAUAGGUACAGGGUUAUUUGGGAUUUCCAAAGAUGAAUAUGUUUUCAAGUACCAAAAGGAUAACUGA